ACUGGCUUCCAUUGGAAUAGACAAAGCAGCAGGAGGAGAACGGCUGCGGGAGGAUGCUGCUCAUCCCGGCGCAGAGACCCGAAGCAAGGAAAAUGCUGUCUUUUCGUAUUUUACAUCUGAAACUACUAAUCUCGAUGCAUUAACACUAAUGCAACCAUUUUAAUGAAGCGUAAAAAAACGAGAACUGUGGUACCAGGUGGCGAAUCAGACAAAGAAUGUACUGGGGUGUUGGUUUUGCUUUACCCCGGUCUUGUGUGAUUGAUCUGAGCUGGAAUCAAAGCUUUCCCUUUGGGCUCUGUAGCUGUGGUGACCACUAUUCCUUUUAUGGUUACAUCGUCACUUUCCCUCUGCAGGACUACAGCGGGAUCAUGUCGGGGCUGGGGUCGGAUUCUUGGUGGAAGAAAACUCUGUAUUUGACCGGGGGUGCCCUGCUCGCCGCCGCUGCCUAUCUUUUACAUGAGCUGCUUGCCAUCAGAAAGGAGCAGAAGGUAGAUUCAAAAGAUGCAAUUAUUCUUCAUCAAUUCUCAAGGCCAAAGAAUGGAGCUCCUAGUUUAUCACCAUUUUGCUUGAAGAUGGAAACAUACCUUCGAAUGGUGGAUUUACCCUACCAGAAUUAUUUUGAUGGCAAACUUUCUCCUCAAGGGAAGAUGCCGUGGAUUGAAUACAACAACGAGAAAGUGUCAGGCACUGAAUUCAUUAUUGACUUUUUAGAGGAUAAACUCGGAGUAAACUUAAACAAGAACCUGAACCCGCAUGAGAAAGCGGUGUCCAGAACAGUGACUAGAAUGGUUGAAGAGCACUUUUACUGGACUAUUGCUUAUUGCCAGUGGGUUGACAAUCUCCAGGAGACCCAGAAGAUGCUUUCCCUCUCAGGCCCGCUCAGUGACCUUCUCAAGUGGAUCCUCAGUCACCUCACCAGAGGCAUCGUGAAGCGGGAGAUGUAUGGACAUGGGAUAGGGCGAUUCUCCAAGGAGGAAAUCUAUGCACUGAUGGAAAAAGACAUGAGGACAUUAGCAACUUUAUUAGGUGAUAAAAAAUAUAUAAUGGGACCACAACUUUCCACAGUAGAUGCCACUGUGUUUGGGCAUUUGGCUCAGGCUAUGUGGACACUACCUGGGACAAGACCUGAGCAACUGAUUAAGGGGGAGCUUAUUAACCUGGCCAUGUACUGUGAGAGGAUAAGGAGGAAGUUCUGGCCUGAGUGGUGCGAUGACUACGGUGACUUGCUUUAUGAUUAUGAUGAAACCAGCGAGGACAGCUUGACACCAACACAGCUGCACAGCUACGGCUUGUACUCACGGACUGAGACUUUCGAUGAAGAAGUAACCGAUAACAGCUUCUCCUGCUCCCAGACCCCAGAUACAGAUUAUACCGGCCACUCACUCUUCGACUCCGACGUAGACAUGGAGGAGUCCGAUCAAGAGCAGUACAAAACUGAAUCAUUUAAAUAAAGAAGACAGCAUGGGUGUUGGAUCCUGCCGAAGUCAAGCAUUAAACUCUUUCUGAAGCUGCUAAUAACUUGAACAGCAAUCUAUGGACAGCUGUAUUAGAAUAUGUUUUUAGUAAUCAUUUUACAGACUAAUGGAAUUUAAACGUCUGACUUCAAAAGAGACAAUAACGAAACACUGUCUAAAUGUAUUCUGAGACUCUGAAAUAAUUACCACCCUUGAGAAAAAGUGAUCCAGCAACAGGUAUUUUUGGACAUUUAAAAAAAAACGGAAUUCCUGAAUGUUGUGUGUAUUGAGUCAUAUUAUUGUGCCACCCAGUACUCAAAAGCAUGAACUGAAUGAUAGAUGCAGAUACGUGGUUUCAUGUUAUUUAUUUAGAUUUGUAUUCUAGAAUAUAACAUAAACUUUUAAAUGGCAUGCUAUUCCUACGUACAGAAAGAUUCCCCACCAAUAACUGAUAAUGGUUUUAAAAUGUCUGCUAUUUGGCAAACAAAGACUUUUCUUGGGUCUUGUGGUUAAUUGUCAGCUUAAAAUACUUUUGAAAUCAAAAUUUCUACUUAAAUUAGUCUCUUAUUUAUAAUACAUACUUUUUGGUAAAGCUUUAUUUUGAUUUCCAUUAAUAAGAGAGACUUUUGAUAAUCUAACCCAGUUGGGACUGGGACUGUUAAUGCUUUGUCCUGAGUGCUGAUCAUAGUCUGUAUUUAUGUUUCUGAUACUGUCCCAAUUUAUGUUUUAUUAAAAAUGGAAAUACAUAAACAGCUAUAUGGGUAUUUUAUCAUUUAAAUAUUACUUUCAAAAGAUGACCUUCACUGCACUAUACACGUUUGCAGUUAUAUUUAAAUUAGAUUUGAGGUUUACCAUAAAUACAUGUGUUAUAGAAUUGAAUGUCUUUGUAGUUACUGUGUAAUUGCAUUGUUAUUAAUGAAACUUAAAGUAAAGCAUUACAAAUGUUUUCCUAUAAAAAAAUAUCACCACAGUUAUAUAUCCUUUCAUCAGAACUGUGUCAUGUAAUAGUAUCAUGAAUUCUCACUGUCCAUUAUAAUGCUUGUUUUUUUUUGCUUUGUUCUUUCUGUAUAUAUAUAUUUUUUUAUAUAAUGAUUUAUUUCUCCAUUUAUUUAGCUAUGCAGUGAAAUGACCAAAAAAAGUAAUCGUCAAAAUAGACAUUUGAGUAAAACUAACAGUCCUGGCAAAAUGGGUUUAAAUAAUAUUGAGCCACAUUUUCAAUGCUUUACCUCCAGUCUUUAGUGAACUAUUUUUUGUAAGAAUAAAAAUCUUGUUAAUGUUAUACAAUGAGAAACAAACACAUUGAAGAGUGCUUCAGAGAACUUGAGUUAUACUACUUAUAGCCCGUUUCCACUAGCCACGCUUGAGUACACCUCUGCCUGGCCAUGCCGAGGCGGAACAGCUAAAGAUGGCUGCCUGCGUGUGCACUGGAAUUUCGUUAGGUACAGCUGACCCCGGAAUGUCAUCAUGUACACUAAAUGUCAAACGGCAUUCUGGGGCACUCGGAAUUCUGGGAUUUAGUGGCUGCAUUAGCGUCUGUUUUGUAAACAUGGAGAUUGAAAGUUGCUGUUUUCCUUUUUGUUUUACAUACUAUUUAAUUAACAGCCUUAUCAAUUGUAAUCUGCCUAUCAAUUCCAAGAAGCAGAAAGCAACUGACAGUGUUUUUAGUUUCUUUAUUUUGUCAUGGCACUGUAUUGCAGUCCAAUGCAGUCCUUUCUCAGGAUUUUCACAAUCUUUUCAAACACUUUUAAAUUUCUUAUUGCUCCAUGCAAUUGUUCCUGUAGGCACUUUCUGACCAUACAUUAAUAAGUGCUCUAAUUUCAUCAUCUUCCCAAGGUAAACACACAUGUUCUUUUUUGGUCUGCCAUUGUUAAAAUUUCAAAAUGCAGUGACGUUGCAUCUAGGUACGUAAGAGAACGUAAGGGUACUUCCUCCCAAACUAGUUUGGGACUCAGCGGGCGUGACAUAUGAAACUGUACUUCCUAAAGCCAGUUUGGGUCCACGUGGAGGUGUACCGGAGCCUGAGUGGAAACGCCUCAGAAUCAGAUGGACUAGCCAAGGUGCACUCAAGCAUGGCUAGUAGAAACAGGAUAAUCGUUGUUUGGUUCUAGUUUUGUAAAACCACGGUUUUACCUCUUUCAAAAAAUAGGAGUUAAAGACUGGCAUAAACGCUUUGAAAAUGUGGACCAUUGAGUUGUUUAAAGGAUUCAGUUUUGCUGAAAAAGCAUCUUAAAAUGCUGUAUAAAUUAGUGUAUAAAGAUGUUGUCACAAAAAAGAGCCGCUGAAAUACCAACAUUCUUACAAAACUAUAUAUAAUGGUUGAAGGUGUAUUUAACUAUUAAUAUGUAUGUAUUUAUGACAUAGCUGGCUUAUGUUGGAAUACCAUGUAAUGAAUGGUUUACGAAUGUGAAAACCAUACAUAAAGAUGUUUUCUGGA